AUGCAAGGAACCCGAGCAAAUCUGGACACCAUCUCAAUUCCAUCCCAGAUUCUCCAAUCCCCAAAUACCAAAUACUCGUUGGGUGGUCAGAUACCACCAGAUUCGGAUUUACGAAGUCGCCCGUUUUUGCAGCAGUAUUCUGGUAGUAUUUAAUCCCGUCGGGGUCACGCUACCCACUGUUUCACAAUUCCGACCUCACGGGCUCCCGUCUUUUCCUGCAUUUUCCCUUUUCUUGUUCGGCUGUCCCCGCCCCGCAGUUCAGUUGCUUGCCCACGCCGAGAUCUGCCCUUGACCCGACUUCGACACCGAAGCCAUGGACUUCCAUUCGUUGAUGCGCAAAGCCAAACAGGGCAUUGAGGACUUCACGUCCGGCGAGGAGAAGCAUUCUCAUACCCAUGAUGGCCAUGAGUGUCACGAGGAUGAUGCCCAUGCCGAGUACGGCACAAAUCGCUACUCCUCAUUCGCUCCUCAGAGUUCGGGACACCCGAAGUGGUAUGUCGACGGCGCUUCGUAUUUCUGGGCCGUGUCCAUGGCCCUGGAAGAGGCACGGGAGUACAUCUACAUCCUGGACUGGUGGCUGAGUCCGGAGCUGUACCUGCGUCGACCCCCUGCCCGCAAUGAGCGCUACCGCCUGGACAAGAUGCUCCAAGCCGCGGCUGAGCGCGGCGUAAAGAUCUACGUGGUCGUGUACAAGGAGGUGCCGCAGGCUUUGACGUUGAACUCGAUACACACCAAGCAUCACCUGGAAGCCCUCCACCCCAACAUCAAGGUCUUCCGCCACCCGGACCACCAUCACAGCGGGAAUGACUUUGUCACGGGUCUCCAAGAGCUUCAUGCUAGCCUCCAGAGCUUCAGCCUGAAGACGUUCGACCUUGCCAGGGCGUCCCAGGAUGCCGUCAAGUCCCUCUACGGCACUGCGGACGAUAUCGUCUUGUUUUAUUCUCACCACGAGAAGCUCUGCCUCAUCGACGGGAAAGUGGCAUUUAUGGGUGGUCUUGAUAUGUGUUUCGGAAGAUGGGACACAAACAGCCAUCCCAUUGCCGACGCCCAUCCCGGCAACAUUGAUGACAUCGUGUUUCCCGGGCAAGACUACAACAACGCGAGGAUUUACGACUUUGAGGAUGUCGAAAAGUGGGAGAACAACAAACUCGACCGCACCAAGAGCUCCCGGAUGGGAUGGUCUGAUAUCAGCAUCAGCCUUUCGGGGCCCAUUGUGGACAGCCUGGCCAUCCAUUUUACCGAGCGAUGGAACUUCAUCUUCAACAAGAAGUACAGCACCCGGGACAUCGGCAAGUACCAGCUUCUCCAGGCGCCGCAGGCCCAUCGAGGCGCGGCGAACCACCUCUUGGGUGAUGGUGAACACUACUUUGGCGGGUUGCAAAACCGUUUCUCGCGGCACAUGCACCGCUUCCUCGGGGAUGAGGAAGAAGCACCUCAUGCGCCACACCGGCAAAGUGAUGGAGCUCACAUCCAGCUGACGAGAAGCGUUUGCAAAUGGUCGUUGGGUACCGGCACGGAGCACUCGAUUGCCAACGCCUACAUCGAGGCCAUCAAGAACGCCAGACACUUUGUCUACAUCGAGAACCAGUUCUUCAUCACUGCCACCUCGGACAAGCAGAAGCCGGUCAGCAACAGAAUUGGCCGGGCCAUUGUGGACCGCAUCCUCCGCGCCCACCAGAGCAACGAAGAGUUCCAUAUUAUCGUCAUGAUGCCUGCCGUUCCCGCCUUUGCUGGAGACCUCAAGUCCGAGGGCGCGCUCGGCACCAGGGCCAUCAUGGAGUUCCAGUACGACUCGAUCAACCGCGGCGGCAGCAGCAUCAUCGAGACGCUGCGGAGCUCAGGAGUUGAGGACCCCCACAAAUACAUCAACUUCUACAACCUGCGCAGCUACGACCGCAUCAACUCCAGCGCCAUCAUGGGCAGCGCCGAGCGUGAGAGCGGCGUACGCUAUGGCGAGGCCCAGCGCGAGUACAACGAGCGCUACGAAGGCGACCGCCAAGGCAGCCACGGCGACAGCCAGUACCGGCGCUACCAGGAAGCCGCCAGCCACAUGUCGGACCAGACGUGGAACUCCAUCUCAUCCUGCUACAUGCAAAACGGCGCGGACCUGCGCAGCGUGCCGUGGUCGGGGUCGGCCGAGGACGAGCUCGACGCCUUCGUGUGCGAGCAGCUCUACAUCCACAGCAAGGUGCUCAUCGCCGACGACCAGCUCGUCAUCUGCGGCUCGGCCAACCUCAACGACCGCUCCCAGCUGGGCAACCACGACAGCGAGAUCGCCGUCAUCAUCGAGGACCCCACGCCCGUCACCAGCACCAUGGCCGGCCGCCCUUACACGGCCUCCGCCUUCGCCACCUCGCUCCGCCGCCAGCUCUUCCGCAAGCACCUCGGCCUGCUCCCGCACCAGCCCGUCGACUCCGCCAACAACAACUGGACGCCCGUCACGCACCACGCGACCAACGAGUACGACUGGGGCUCGGCCGCCGACCGGCUGGUGCAGGACCCGCUGGCGCGCGGCUUCCUCGACCUGUGGCGCGGCACGGCGCGGCGCAACACCGAGAUCUUCCGGCGCGCCUUCCACGCCGUGCCCGACGACACGAUGCGCACGUGGGAGGACUAUGACCGGCUGUUUUCGGCGCAUUUUGUUAUGCCCGGGGAGACGCCCGAGCAGGCGGCCGAGGGGUACAAGAAAGGCAAGGUGGACUACGGGCACGUGGUGAAGGGGGAUUUCCCGGGGGGUGUGCAGGAGCUGAAGGAGUGGCUUGGUGGGGUGAGGGGCACGCUGGUGGAGAUGCCGCUGCAGUUCUUGAUUGAUGUGGAUGAUUUGGCUAAGGAUGGGUUGGCGUUGAAUAGUCUGACUGAUGAGCUCUACACGUAGGGUGGGGGGUUUUGGAAAGGGGGGUUGGAUGUGCUGUUUGGUUGAUGAAUGUUGGAUACGCUCUCUGUGUUGGACAUGACAAGUAACGCACGGCUUCAACAUCUCCUUGGGUAGGUAGGUAAGUAGUCAUAUCGCAGGAUAGGGGCAAUGUAGGCUCGAUCUUUUUGACACGACUCUAAUGACGACACCUUAUUUAAAAACAUAAAC